AUGGGCGAUAGAAAAGAUUUUCGAAGCCUAGUCCUUGAGUUAUCCGAUCUUGAGAUAGCGCUUCUACUCUCUCUUGCUGCCAACGAGCAUUGCCUCAUCGAAACCACAGAAGACUGCAUUCAUGACGUUGCCAAAGAACUGACCCUGAUCACCGCUGAACCGUUAGACCGUGCAAAAUCGCCUAUCUCAUGGAAAACUUCGCGAGAUAAGAAAGUAGUCGAUAUCGUCGUUGCAAAGAAUUUCAAUCUCGUCGACGACGACAUACAGCUUCAAGCUUUGGAGUUGAUGCGCUCAAAGAGACUGGAUACGCAGCAUGGGACUAUCGAAGCUCCAUCCGGCUUUCUUUUUGUGCCGCUUACGGUGCGUGUCUCGGAACAGCUUCACCCAAGCCUAAACUACCAUCUCAUGCUGGGCCAGAUACAGCAAGCGAGCAACUCUGUCUCCGUAGGGGCGGAUAUUGUCCGUUACCAGCAAGACAUCGUCGUGUUCCUGCGACUAAACCGUGCAGUUGCUGGGGGCAUAACUGCGCGGUCGAAUAUGCAGUUUAGCAAGCUUGCAAAGUUCCUUACAACGUUACAUGGAAUCGAUUAUCUGACGCCUUCCAUCGUGGCCGUCUCUGCAAGGAAGGUCUUUCGCCAUCGAAUAAUCAUCGCGAAGCCUGAAGAUGAUCGAAGCUUGCAAUACGGCAGUGACAUGAAGGCUGUGGCUCAGGCUCUCGCCCAUGUCAGUCCAGACACAAUAUUAGACGGUGUUUUGACGCUGGAGGCCCCGCUAUGA